ACAGUAAAGAAAGACAACAAGCAAGAUGGCCGCCGCCAGGGUCGUCACCAGAGCACCGGGUCUCCUCCACUCCAGGGCUUUAUCAUGUAGUGCUGUGAUGUACAAGAAAGCUAUGAAAGGCCCAGACAUGGAAUUAAAUGAGCGGUUGUGGCAGAUAGAGUUUCACCAAAAGGAAAAGGGAAAAGCAUAUGACAAGAAGCCCUUUAGGAUAACACUAAGGGAAGGCAAGAAGUAUUUGUGGUGUGCUUGUGGGUACAGUAAAUCACAGCCUGUAUGUGAUGGUACACACCUAAAUUUACAAUUGAAGAUCAAACAGAAGCCUCUGGUGUUCAAAGCUCCCGAAACAAAAGAGGUGUGGCUAUGUAACUGUAAACAGUCGAGAAAUCCUCCAUUUUGUGAUGGCACACACCGCACCGAAGAAGUACAAUUAGCAGUCAAGGAUUAGUGACGUACUGAAUGAUAUACUGUAGUUCAAUCAUCGUGGUAUCAAGCAGCUGUGCAGAAUAAUUAUAAUACACAACGAAAUAAUUUAAUCUAAAACAGUAAUUGAAAAACAGUGAAGAUGUUACAUUAUUUCAAAUAUUUUUUAAGUAUUAUACAUUAAUCAUGUUUAUUUUCAGAAUGGAAUGAACAGUCAUGUAAAGCAUUCUGCAAAGCAUUGAAAUUCUGUAUAACUUGGAUGCUUUAUAAAGUUUUUUAAAUAUUUAUAAGAUAACUACUGUACUUUUAUUAUUAUUAUUGGCCAUCACAAAUCAAGUUUAAACAGAAACUAAUUCUCAGGGCCAGUAACUGGAUGGGUGACUACAUGAACAUAGGUUUACCUUUAGCCAGCAGGGACCCUCGGCAACACAUUUCAAAACUUUUGGCUUUUAAUAGGUCAUGCCCAGUCCAGUAAUGACAUUAUAAAUGCUGCAGUUAUAUUUAUAGAAUUUAAAUAUAUUAAUUACAAAAAUUAAUUACAGAAAUUGUAUUUAUAUUUUGUUUGUAAAUAAAAUUUUGUACAAAAAAAAGUUAUAAUCUGUUCAUGAUUCCUAAACUUCUAUCGUACAACUGACAAUAA